GACACGUAACCGAGCUGUCGACACCAUGUGUUAAACGUCCAGAAUCAGAUUCUGUUUCCUAUUUUGUGUCAACACGUAAUCCGAAGUGUCAGCACCACGCGAUCAGCAUCCAAAAUUUAGUUUCCUAUUUCUGUUCCAAGUCCUAGUUCUAUUUCAAUUAGGGUUUCUAAAAUCCUAUAAAUACCCAUCCAAAUUCAGAAUGAAGAGAGUUUUGAGAGGCUGGAGUACAGUGUGCUUGAUUACAAAGAGAAAGUGGUUGAUGGUUUCUAUGACGAGUAUGGGCCUUCCACAAAUUCAGCACUCCAAGGAAAAAUGCCAUCUCUUGCAGAUCUUGAGACAAAUCUUGGGAAUUAUGGCUUUGAAGUUGUGAUUGUCAAUCGAACAAUUGAACCUGUCUUAGAAGAGUUGGUGCAAAUUGCACAUUGUAUUGCAUUAGAUUGCCCUGCUAGUAACGUUAGUGUUUUAGUCCAAAAGCUUGCUGAAUUUGUUACAGGCCAUAUGGGUGGACCCGUUAAGGAUGCUAAUAUAAUGUUGGCAAGGUGGAUGGAUAGGAGCAUGGAAUUGAGAACAUCUCUUCAUACAAGUUUAUUGCCUAUUGGGUCCAUUAAUAUAGGAUUGUCUCAGCAUCAUGCUUUACUUUUCAAGGUAUUGGCUGAUAAUAUAAAGUUACCUUGUAGACUCGUAGAAGGCAGUCAUUACACUGGGGUUGAGGAUGAUGCUGUAAACAUGUUAAAGCUGGAGGAUGAAAGGGAUUUUUUGGUUGAUCUCAUGGCAGCUCCUGGGACACUUAUACCUGCUGAUGUUUUCAGUGCAAAGGAUACCGCUUUGAAGAUGACUAAAAACCUUUUUGCAGAUCUUAAUCCUUUCCAGAUAAAAGGGACAGAUAAAACUUACCUGCAGAACAAAUCCACCGAAAGCAAAGUUGAUGACCUUCAAAGACAAAAAAUGACUAUUGUCAUCAGUCGCCCCCCUGUCUCAUUACGGAAGAAUCGGCCCACUUACAAUGAGAUCCCCAAGAAAAAGGAGUACAAUUAUGUGGAUGGUCUAUUUCCCAAAAUCAAUCGUGAGUCUUAUGAGUUCCAUCAAUCAGCAUCAGCUUCAACCAGCUCAACAAAAUCUGAGAAGGUCCAUCCUCACGGUUUCAAGUUAUUGGGUGAUUCCAAUCUCCCCAAUAAUGAUAAUAAAUCUAGGGAUCGUUUGUCUGACAUGGGACAAUCUUUGACUUCUACUACUGGUCAGUUCAAUAACGCACCAAUGGUUCAGGAUGUGAGCACAAACUUUAAUGGAGAAAAAUCCAAUGGAUGGCAGGAUGUGCAAAAUAACACUGUGGAUAUGGUUAAAGAUCAGGAAAGUAAUGAAGUGGGUUUACAUGAUCACAGAGAAGCCAAACCUGAUAAAUGUAUGGGGAAAAAUCUGAAAUUGAAGAAUCCUGAAAGUCCUAGGUCACCAGUUGAUUGCAUAACAGAAAGGGUUGAUCAACUCUUUGAUGAUGUAGACGUGGGUGAUUUUGAAAUUGCAUGGGAAGACUUGCUUAUUGGUGAAAGAAUUGGACUGGGUUCAUAUGGAGAGGUCUAUCAUGCUGAUUGGAAUGACACGGAGGUUGCUGUUAAGAAGUUCCUAGACCAGGAUUUCUCGGGUGCUGCUUUGGCUGGAUUCAAAAGAGAAAAUGCAAGACAUCCGGAAAAGGAGACACCCGGAGUUCCCUCUUUUGGUGAGGGAUGCAAUACUAUCAGCAUCAGCCAGAAUGAGAAGCCAAAAUACCCUUGGAAGGGAUUUCAAACACAAGUUGAUGAUUUCAAGACUAUAUUUAGCCAUGCAAUCAGCUGUGUAUCUGUCGGGAUCCACCUCCUGCCAGAAGGAGAGCAACGCAUAGGUCCAAAGUUCAGCAAGAUCAAUGCUACAAUUCUCGAGGAACAUGCUAAAACCAGCCAUCUAGUUACCACGGAUCCAAGAGAAAUCGUUGAUGAUGUCUCUCUUUUUUCUGAAAAUGUUCGUCUCUGUAUACUCUUCAAAGACUUUGUUCAUGAAAUUGUUGCACUCAUCAGGGUCCAAGCAUAUCUUGGCAAGGCACUAUAAUCAUAAUAAUAAUCGGCUUCUGAAUUGCCUACCUGCAACAUGGAUAUCAUCUUAGUACAUUAUGUUCAUGUAGGCUUGAGAUGUAUAAGAUAAGUACGUGCAGCCUAAUGGUGCUGAUCAAUUUUAUCCCCUAUCCAGUAAAGCAUAAAGAUGGGGGAUUAUU